AUGGCUUCUUUGUCUACACUAAUGGAGGAUAUCAACUUGGUCGGUGAGCAAAUAUUUGAUCAUACUGCUUUGAUACGAAAUCAAAUCAACAAAUUUGUGGAUAAUUUCGAGCGCAAUGAACGACACAAAGAGUUUGAUGGUAUCAUUCGAGCUAGUCAUUCGUUAGUGGAAGCAGCAGAUGUCCCAUUGGAAAUGUUAUUAGCAAGGAAUGAUUUGCAACAGCUCAAUGAACAGAUCGAGAAAACAACGUCUGCAUUGUCGGAACUAGCAGCCCCUCUUUACCGGAAGGAACACGACGAUUAUUUAGAAGCAAUACGCAAAAGCCAGCAUGAACAGAAAGUAAUAGUGGAAUCGGCGAUUGAGCGACAGCGACAAGCAUUGAAAGAGGGUGACAGCAAUGCAAAUGACAUCCUCAUUUCCCCCAAUAUUUCUAAUACUACUGAAAUUAACUUGGAUUAA